GAGGCUCAUCCACUCCUGCUCCGGCUUGCACUGGGCUGUAGACUUGCCUCUGCAUAACCAACCUGAUCUUGUAUAAAUAUCCCAUCAUUUCUGAGCUUCCCCUCCAGGACCAGGCACCCUAGAAACAAAAGAAGAAGAUGAAAAAUAUUUCGGCAGUGCUUUUUCUCCUUGUUGCUCUAGCAGCAACUUCUCAUGCAACAUGUUUCCGGAACCCCCUUCGUCUCCUAACUGAUGACCAAACCUCCCAUGCAGAAUGCAUAACCAGUCCAAUCCAUCUUCUCAGGCCAAAAUCUGGAGCUGCUGGCCAUAACGUCCCACAAAUCAACUGCCUAAGCUGGCGCCUGGCCGUGGAAACCUACAACCUGCGUAAUUGGAAGUUGGUUCCUGAAUCCUGCGAAAACUAUGUAGGUCAUUACAUGCUGGGCAAGCAAUAUCGUGAGGAUUGCGAUGCUGUGGCUGAUAUUGCUAUUGCAUAUGCUAAAAACCUCACUCUUGCUGGUGAUGGCAAGGAAAUUUGGGUCUUCGACAUAGACGAGACUUCUCUCUCCAAUGCUCCGUACUAUGCACGUUCCGAUGUUCAAUUUGGGGCAAUACCAUACAACGAUACAAAGUUUAAUGCUUGGGUGGCUGAGGGAGUAGCACCUGCAGUGCCUGGAGUUCUUCGUUUGUACAAGACACUGCUGUCUUUGGGGAUCAAGCCCGUCUUCAUAUCAGGAACAAAAGAAGUAUACAGAGAAGUGAGGAUUUCCAAUCUCAAGAAUGUCGGUUAUCGCAAAUGGGAAAAGCUUAUACUAAAGGGAGAGAAUGACACGGGUUCAGCAGUGGUGUACAAAUCCAACAAGAGAACGGAGCUAGUGGAAGCAGGGUACAGAAUUGUUGGGAACAUUGGAGAUCAGUGGAGCGAUUUGCUGGGGACAAAUGUUGGCGACAGGACCUUCAAAGUACCGGAUCCGAUGUAUUUCAUCGGUUGAGAAAAACGGAAAAUCUUUCUGAUUUUUUCACGAAUUAAUAAGUUGUGUUGUGCACGGUGCACCAACCAGCUCAUCGCGCGAUUUUGGAGUUGUGUCACUUCAGCUCAAAGUCUAUCUAAUGAGUAAUGAGGUCUAUGUCGGCAGCAACCAGCAUCCUCUCCCCUUAAUUAUCUCUGUACUGUGCAAUCUCCUUGACAACUUUCUUAGACUAUUCCUAAAUAAAAAAGUCCUUUCUUUUACUA